GACGGGUAUUUUGCAAAGAAUCAGUAGGUUCAAUCACAAAUACAAAAGAUUCAGUUUAUUUUAAACACCUUUCAGUCGUUCUUUGCGAAACGCCCGUGCAGAUUUCAACGAUCCAUCUUUAAACGCAGUCGAGAACAUUUUAGAUUCACUUGACGUAAGGUCAGUAUAACUACCUUGUCGAUCCUUUCAGAGUACAUUGAAAAGGCUCUAUAAAUGAAAUCGAGGCAAAAAUAGCGAUCUACAGCAACCUCAACCAAGUUAGUAGCAGUAGCUAAGCCCAAACGUUGCAAUCGGAUGUCUCAAGAAAAUACUACUUUUAUUGAAUCGCUGCUAAGAAUUCAAUCUCCAGAAGGAACUAAAAGGGUGGAGGUGUCUGGGAGCGAUACUACCUCUAAUUUAUAUGAGAAAGUGCAUGAUGUAUUCGACCUGAACAGUUUCGCUUUUGCUUUGUACAAAGAACGGAAUCAGAAACAUGAAAUAACAAGUAGUAAGAGCAGUACUGUGAGAUAUCACGGACUUCGGCAUGGAGAUAUGAUUUAUUUAGUUCCUAUAAAUGGAGCCCUUUUAUUUUCCACUAGUUCUAAUAACAGCAACGAGUCUGGGGAACCAGUAGUGCCUCAGACAUCCGCUACCUCCACUUCUUCCGUCAGACCUGGCAGUGCAGCUAGUUCGAGCAAGUCUCUGAGUAACAUUCAAGAAGACGAUGUCGAUGUACAGUUGAGCAAGAUAGAUGGAAAAAUCAAGAGAAAACGAGACGAAAAACUGUGUCGUCACAAUAGCAACGCGGCUUGCGUCCAUUGUUCGCCUUUAGAGCCCUAUGAUGAAGGUUUGCUGAAGGAACAAAAAAUUAAGCAUUUGUCUUUCCAUUCUUACAUCCGAAAAUUAACGAGCGGCGUCGAUAGGGGUAAAUUUUUGGCUCUCGAAGAUAUCUCGUGUAGGAUUAAGAACGGUUGUAAGGAUCACCCCCCAUGGCCUAAGGGUAUAUGUUCAAAGUGCCAGCCUAGUGCUAUCACCUUGAAUCGCCAGGUUUAUAGACAUGUUGACAAUUUGACAUUUGAGAAUACCAACCUAGUAGAAAAAUUCUUGUACUACUGGAGAACUACUGGCCUUCAGAGAGUUGGUAUCCUCUAUGGUAAUUAUGAAAUUCACGCAGAUGUGCCUCUAGGUAUAAGAGCAAACGUUGUAGCAAUUUAUGAGCCUCCUCAGGAGAGCAGCCGUGAUUCAGUGCGGCUAGUGAAUGAUCAGAAAGAGGAGUUGGUGGAUCAGAUAGCGGACUCUCUGGGCCUGAGAAGGGUGGGAUGGAUAUUCACCGAUCUAGUACCUUUAGACGUCCAGACGGGAACGGUGAAGCACACCAGGAACAUCGACAGUCAUUUCUUGUCCGCCCAAGAAUGCAUCAUGGCCGGUUUUUACCAGAAUAAAUAUCCGAAUCCCUGUAGAUAUUCUUCCACUGGAUAUUUCGGGUCGAAGUUUGUGACCGUGUGCGUCACUGGUGAUAAAAAUAAUCAGGUGAUAAUGGAAGGAUAUCAGGUAUCCAAUCAGUGUAUGGCCCUGGUGCGUGAUAAUUGCCUUCUACCCACUAAGGAUUGUCCGGAAUUGGGAUACGUUAGGGAAUCGUCUGAUAAGCAAUACGUCCCGGAUGUUUAUUAUAAGGAGAAAGAUUCUUAUGGCAAUGAAGUAUCGAGGAUAGCUAGACCGCUACCUGUUGAAUACCUGUUGGUAGAUGUACCUGCUUCAACUCCCGUGACUCCUCAGUACACUUUCAAUCCGGAUUCAAGUAAACAGCCUUUCCCUGUGGAAAACCGCAUGAUUGAUACACAACUACAAGACUUCAAUGCCCUUUCCAAUUAUCUAUCACAGUUUGGCCCGGAACAAUUUUUCACUGCCAUCAGCGACUUCCACCUACUUCUUUACAUUGCAACGAUGGACAUGUUACCCAUGCAGGAUUACAUGGGUCCUCUCCUAGAAGCUAUAAGGACGAAAAAUGUCGAACUGGCCAAUGAAUGGUCUAGAUCUGAACAGUGGGCCACUGUGGAACAGUUGAUUGCUGCCAGUUCUCCCCCACCCUCCAGGCCAGGAAGCGUAGCCGCUGGCGGCAUCUCUGUUGGCGUUGGAGCGUCUUCGAACGGGCCGAAAUGGACUUGCUCUUUUUGCACCUACCUGAACAGGAUGGAUCUGAUCGAAUGUGAGAUGUGCAAUUCACCUCGUCUGAUGGAUGAUUAAGAAGCACAGCAAGAGAAGUCCAGUCAGUAGCUGAAACAAGGAAUUUUUAGUGAACGUGAAUUUAUUACUUCAAAAAAAAUCUUUGAUGAUCAUACUAUUUUUAUUAUUCGAGCCAAUACAGCCCAUCUUCAGGAAAGACAUCCAUCUCUACAAGACUUUUGCCUUCCAUCUCUAUUAAUGUGAUUCCAUUCCUGAAGAUGAGCAGUUUGGGGUCUAAACAAUGUCUAGAAUUAAUAAAAAUGUUUUAUUUUUGGAAUAGGUUACUGCAUUCACUCUUACUAUGGAUGGUCCGAUAAGAACAUAUCAUUUUAAGUGUAAUUUUCAAUUUCAAAUUUUUUGUACGUCAUUGUAUAAGGUUGAAAAAAUGUAUAAUUUUUUUUUGAAUUUGAAUAAAUUCUAUUUUCACGA